GUAAGACAGUAUCUGAAAUAGAAUAAGUAAAUGGAGAAGGGAGUAGGUGUGUGUGUGUGUUUUCCAGGGAAGAACAAGAACACAUAGUAAAAAUUACAGGGAGGGAGGCAGAUUUAAAAUUCCAAAAAAAUUAUAAUUUAUAAAAAAAAUAAUUUAUAAUAACCAGUGCUGUCAGUGGAGGGAUUUGAGUAGGGCCUGAGAAGCCUGUGUGAGGGAUUUCUAGAAGGAAUGCCUCCAUGCCCAGUGGUAACCAGAUUCUUGAGACGCAGGGCUAAAAUGGGAAGGGGAGGGCUUUGUGGUUGGACAGACCUAGGAGCAAAUGAUAUGGUUGCCAUUUAGCCGUGUGACUUGAGGCAACAUAUCCAUGCUCUCUGAGGAUUAGUUUCUUUAUCCAGUCAAUGGGGACAAUAAAGCCCAUGUUGAAGUGUUAUUGUGAGAAGUAACCGAGCUGAGGCAUGUGAAGUGCGAGAAAUGGAGUGGGCUCUGGGGAGAAGCUAGUUCACUUUCCCCAGAUUAGAGAGCGAGUUGUAGGAAGCGUGUGUGGUAAGAAAGUCGCGUAGGAAGCUCAUGGGUUUACUUCAUCAUCUUUGCGCCUCCAGAGCCUGACACGGCCCGCACGGGACAGGGGCUCGGUGCGCGAUGUUGGCCCAUUUGUCGACUCUUUCUGUCAGUGCGCUGCGUGAAUUGUGGCCCUCGGCAGUUCUAGAAACAGACUGUCCUUGAGGCCACGUGGCCAAUGAAGACAGUGUGCCUGGUGGAAAGAAAGUGGGUUUUGGCAUCAGACACAGGUUCAAACCCCAGCUCUCCACUGGGUCAAGUUACUUAACCUUUCUGAAUGGCAUUUUUCUCCUCUGAGGCAGUGCCUGUCCCCCUGUCUUGUGUGAGUGAAGUAGCAGAUGUGAAGGACUGGAUGUUCUUUUCUCAGUGAGAUCCUCUCAACAAUCCAGGGAGGCAGGGAAUGCCUUCCACAUUUAUAAGAGAAAAGAAAAGAGAUUCAGAGAGUUGCAGGGAUUUGCCCAAGAAAAUAGUAGAACUGGUAUUUAUUGGAUCCGAUUCUUUUAACCUCAAGGUUUAUCAUCUUUCUCUUCUCAGCUGUGACUGAAACAUUUUUUGAGGGUCUGCCCUGCACCAGGAACGACGCUGAGUAUUUCCACAUGUUACCUCACUGGCUUUUAGGUCCCCCAUGGAGAUGUCACUCCAGGAGUGUCUCCGGAAUAUCAACGGGUGUGUGAUUGCAAUGGGAAGUCCAGGCAGUGCGUCUUUGAUCCCGAGCUUCACAGACAGACAGGGAUCGGAUUCCGCUGUCUCAACUGCAAUGACCACACGGAUGGCCCUCACUGCGAGCGGUGCCAGCAUGGGUUCUACCGACAGAGGGAGAGGGACCGCUGCUUGCCGUGCAGCUGUCACACCAAAGGUUCUCUUAGCGCUGGAUGUGACAACUCUGGACGGUGCAGCUGCAAGCCGGGUGUGACAGGAGACAGGUGUGACCGAUGUCUGCCAGGCUUCCACAUGCUCACUGACGCCGGGUGCACCCAAGACCAAAGGCUACUAGACUCCACGUGUGACUGUGACCCAGCUGGUAUCUUGGGGCCCUGUGAUGAGGGCCGCUGUGUCUGCAAGCCAGCUGUCACCAGAGAGCGCUGUGACAGGUGUCGACCAGGUUAUUAUCACCUGGAUGGGGGAAACCCUGAGGGCUGUACCCAGUGUUUUUGCUAUGGGCAUUCAGCCAACUGCCACAGCUCUGGAGACUACAGUGUCCAUAAAAUCAGCUCUACUUUCUAUCAAGAUGUUGAUGGCUGGAAGGCUAUCCAAAGAAAUGGGUCUCCUGCAAAGCUCCAGUGGUCCCAGCAUCAUCGGGACGUGUUCAGCUCAGCACGACGAUCAGACCCCAUCUAUUUUGUCGCUCCUGCCAAAUUUCUUGGGAAUCAACAGGUGAGCUAUGGGCAAACCCUGUCUUUUGACUACCGUGUGGACAGGGGAGGCAGACACCCAUCCGCCCACGAUGUGAUCCUGGAAGGCGCUGGUCUACGGGUCACAGCUCCCUUGAUGCCUCUGGGCAAGACGCUGCCUUGUGGGAUCACCAAGACUUACACGUUCAGAUUAAAUGAACGUCCAAGCAGUAAUUGGAGUCCCCAGCUCAGUUACUUCGAGUAUCGGAGGUUACUGCGUAACCUCACAGCCCUGCGGAUCCGAGCUACUUAUGGAGAAUACAGCACUGGGUACCUCGACAACGUGACCCUGAUUUCAGCCCGCCCCAUCUCCGGAGCCCCAGCUCCCUGGGUCGAACAGUGCGUGUGUCCCGUUGGCUACAAGGGCCAGUUCUGCCAGGAUUGUGCUUCCGGCUACAAAAGAGAUUCUGCCAGACUGGGACCUUUUGGCACCUGUAUUCCGUGUAACUGCCAGGGGGGAGGAGCCUGCGAUCCAGACACAGGAGACUGUUAUUCAGGGGAUGAAAACCUUGACAUCGAGUGCGCCGACUGCCCCAUCGGUUUCUACAACGACCCACACGACCCCCGCAGCUGCAAGCCGUGUCCCUGCCACAACGGGUUCAGCUGCUCUGUCAUGCCAGAGACAGAGGAGGUCGUGUGCAAUAACUGUCCCCAGGGGGUCACGGGGGCCCGCUGCGAGCUCUGUGCCGAUGGAUACUUUGGGGACCCCUUUGGGGAACGUGGCCCAGUAAGGCCUUGUCAGCCCUGUCAGUGCAACAACAACGUGGACCCCAGUGCCUCUGGGAACUGCGACCGCCUGACGGGCAGGUGUCUGAAGUGCAUCCACAACACGGCGGGUGUCCACUGUGACCAGUGCAAAGCAGGCUACUUUGGGGACCCGUUGGCUCCCAACCCAGCGGACAAGUGUCGAGCUUGCAACUGCAACCCAGCGGGCUCAGAGCCUGGGGAAUGUAGAAAUGAUGGCAACUGUGUUUGCAAGCCCGGAUUUGGCGGCCUCACCUGUGAGCAUGCAGCACUAACCAGCUGUCCAGCUUGCUAUAAUCAAGUGAAGAUACAGAUGGAGCAGUUUAUGCAGCAGCUGCAGAGCCUGGAGGCCCUGGUUUCCAGGGCUCAGGGUGGUGACGGAGUGGAGCCUGACACAGAGCUGGAGGGCAGGAUGCAGCAGGCUGAGCAGGCCCUUCGGGACAUUCUGAGAGAAGCCCAGAUUUCAGAAGGUGCUAGUAAAUCUCUCAGUCUCCAGUUGGUCAAGGCAAGGAGCGAAGAGAAUAGCUACCGGAACCGCCUCAAUGACCUCAAGACGACUAUGGAAAGAAUCCGGGCCCUGGGCAGUCAGUAUCAGAACCGAGUUCAGGAUACUCACAGACUGGUCACUCAGAUGCACCUGAGCCUGGAGGAGAGCGAGGCCUCCCUGAGAAACACUAACAUUCCUUCCUCGGAGCACUACGUGGGGCCAAAUGGUUUUAAAAGCCUGGCCCAGGAGGCCACAAGAUUGGCAGACAGCCAUGUUGAGUCAGCCAGUAACAUGGAGCGGCUGGUAAGGGAAACCGAGGACUAUUCCAAACAAGCGCUGUCACUGGCACACAAGGCCCUGCAGGAAGGAGGCGGCAUGGGCAGCCCGGACGGCUCCGCGGUGCAAGGGCUCAUGGGAAAGUUGGAGAAAGCCAAGUCCCUGGCCCAGCAACUGUCGGGGGAGGCCACUCAAACUGACAUUGAAGCAGAUAGGUCUUAUCAGCAUAGUCUUCGCCUUCUCAAUUCCGUGUCUCAGCUGCCAGGAGUCAAUGAUCAGGCUUUUCAGCUCCUAAGAAGGCUGGUGUGGCGACUGGUGGGCAGAAAGUCAGACUCCUUCAUGUCUUUGGGCUUACAGGUAGAAGUGAAGAGGAUCAAACAAAAAACUGACUCUCUCUCAAGCCUGGUGACUAGGCGUAUGGAUGAGUUCAAGCAUGUGCAAAGCAGUCUGGGAAACUGGGAAGAAGAAACCCAGCAGCUCUUACAGAAUGGAAAGAGUGGGAGACAGACAUCAGAUCAGCUACUUUCCCGUGCCAACCUUGCUAAAAGCAGAGCCCAAGAAGCACUAAGUAUGGGCAAUGCCACUUUUUAUGAAGUUGAGAACAUCCUAAAGAACCUCAGAGAGUUUGACUUGCAGGUUGAAGACAAAAAAGCAGAAGCGGAAGAGGCCAUGAAGAGACUCUCCUACAUCAGCCAGAAGGUCGCAGAUGCCAGUGACAAGACCAAGCAAGCAGAAACAGCCCUGGGCGGUGCUGCUGCUGACACCCAGAGGGCCAAGACCGCAGCCAGGGAGGCCCUGGAGAUCACUGACAAGAUAGAACAGGAGAUAGGAAGUCUGAACUUGGAAGCCAAUGUGACGGCAGAUGGAGCCUUGGCCAUGGAGAAGGGACUGGCCACACUGAAGAGUGAGGUGAGGGAGGUGGAAGGAGAGCUGGCCAGGAAGGAGCAAGAGUUUGACCUGGAUAUGGACGCAGUGCAGAUGGUAAUUACAGAAGCACAAAGAGUUGAUAACAGAGCCAAGAAUGCUGGAGCUACGAUCCAAGACACACUCAACUCAUUGGACAGCAUCCUACACCUAAUAAGUCAGCCUGGCAGUGUGGAUGAAGAGAAGCUGAUCUUAUUGGAGCAGAAGCUCUUCCGGGCCAAGACUCAGAUCAACAGCCAGCUGAGGCCCUUGAUGUCAGAGCUGGAAGAGAGAGCACGUCGGCAGCAGGGCCACCUCCACGUGCUGGAGAUGAGCAUAGAUGGGAUUCUAGCUGACGUGAAGAACCUGGAGAACAUCAGGGACAACCUGCCUCCAGGCUGCUACAAUACCCAGGCUCUUGAGCAACAGUGAAUCUGCUCUAGAGAUUUCCCAACUGAGGUUCUUGGGAUGCAUAAUUCAGGAGCCAUCUCAUGUGGUUGGGGUGGGAUGGAGACAUUUGAACAUGUUGAAUGGGCAUGCUCAGGUCCACUGAACCUGACCCCAUCCCUGAGAUCUUGGCCAGAUAAAUGUCUUGUUACACCAAUGUGAUACUACUUGGGCAAUGAGGCAGAUAGCAUUGGGUAUGAGACUGGCCAAGGGCCUGGACCCCGAAGGGUAGACUGGACGGAAGGACAAGCUGCACGGCCAGGUGUUUGCCUCAGGAGAGUCACAGACUGAGUCCUGGAGUAUGGACAGAUGCUGCUGGGCUAGAGUCAGCUUAUUUUUUGGGUAAUGUGACCAACGGAAUUUUUUUUUUUUUUUUUUUUUUUUACUUUGCCCACCCAGAAAAUUCUUCUCAAUGUCUGAACAGAGAGUGAAGUCCAGUCACACUGUGGCCAGUAAAAUACUAUUGCCUUAUAGUGUCCAAUGCAAGCUUCUUGUUGACCAGAGUUCCUCCCACUUACCACCCAGUUUGUGAACAUGUGCUCUACUUUUAAGCUGGAAGAAGUGAACAGUGGUGGAGUGAGAGGCUGUAAGGCUGGUCCAUUUGGAGCAAUGGUGCCUGCUUGGGUCCUGCCACCUUUGAGUUCUGGGGCCUGGAAGUGACAUCCUUUCUCCGGUGAUGCCAUGACUAGUUAGAGACUACAUUUUUAUUAAAGCAUUUCCGACCAGCAAAACAAACUUUGGGAAGGUAUUUACUUUUGGGUUUCAAAGUGAUAGAAAAAUAUAGCUUGGGCAUUGAAAGAAGUACAAUUAUCUAGAAGAUUUAUUAGUCCUUAUUCGAUCCCACUUUUCAAAUGCUAAAAAUUGUAUGUGUCUUUGUGUUUUAUUUUCUCACUCUCUCUGCCUAUAGCAGAGAAUGUUCCUACUCACACUGGAGCCGGGUAGACUCCAUCCUUCCAUCCAUCCAUCCAUCCAUCCAUCCUUACAACAUAUAUUUAUUGAGUCCCUGCUGUGUGUCAGGGGCUGGGGUACAGUGGUGACAUAGUCUCUGCCCUCACAGAGUUGAUUGUCUAGUAAGGAAGACAAACAUUAAAAAAAUAAAUUUAAAGGUACAACUCUUGUUCAUCACAAGUGGUUUUUAUUGCAAUAACCCCCUGGUUUGCAACCUCAUUUCUCAACAGAACAUAUGUUGUAAGACACUCCCAGGGGGGCACUUGGCUUUUGGCAAAGCCGGGAUGGCUCUGGGUUGUGCACACUUCUUUGCAUUCUAGCUGUCACUCCUCCCCUUUCCACACCUGAUUGCAACAGACUGUUGAGUCAUGAUUACACCAGUGGGAAUUGCUGGAAAGACCAGAGAUGCUUCCAUCUCGUCUUGGAAGAUGUUGGUGCAGGCUCGCCUUUGUACUUCCUUGGCUUUUCAUGGAUGUGUUUUUGAAUAAAGAAUAAUUCUUAGA